CUCUCUCUAACUUUAUCUUCUCACGCAAAUAAACCACUUCACUCGCAAGAGAGAGAGAGAGAGCGAUCGCCUCCCCAUUCCUUGCGGAACCCUAACUCCGAGUCUCGAUUGGAGCAGGAACAACCAUAACUCCGUUUUGGACACGACCGAGUGAGUACACCGCCAUUUCUGCUCGCCCCCGCCUCCGUCUAACCGCGUUAGGUCGAAGCACCCGAGAGGCAGAUUCCCGAUUUUCCCGCCAGCGAGUCGGUUUUCUCCGGCCCCCGCGGACCCAUCCGUCCGUCGAUCUGUUGCUCUGCGCUGCUGUAGGGCGGAUUUUCUUUGAAGGGUUUUUUUACAAGGAACUGAUUGUGAUAUUCCAAAAUUGCUUUUGAUUUCUGAGGUGAUAAAUGCAGAAUGUCAGAGAAAUUAUGUUAUAACUCCUAGUCAGUGCAGACUGGUUUUUAUGCUAGGAGUGGAAAUUCUGAGAAGGUGCAGAAUUUUCUUGAGGAUAUCACUAGAAGGUCAAAGUUGGCCAGUUAAGUAGAAUUAUGCCAUGGGUGAACAAAAUGUUGUGAAAUUUCGGUCUCAAAGUUCCAACUGCUUUUUUCUUAGGAAGGCAUGCAAAUCAGAACAGUAGGAAAUCAACAAGGUGCCUGAUUACAAUAUCAAUUGUUUGCUCUUUAGGAAAUUUUACUGCUAAGAUUAUUGGGUGAAGACUCAAGAAGGAAAAGCGGUUGCUCAUUCUCAAAAUUGUGUUUUGGCAUUAGACUUGGUCUUUUUCCAAGUGUUGCUUGAAGUUGCUUUGUAAUCGACACUCAUGUUUAUGAUUUUUGAUGGAUAUUGGAGUAUCCAAUAAAAGCUGUCCUGUCCCUGUAGAAGAUUCAGAAGUCGGAAGCUGUUGGAUUUUUGUUAAUAUUGAGCUUUUGGUAUUUAAUCCAUGUUCACUAGUAGUUAUCUCCUUAAGUAAUGCUUCCUUGUCCGAGGCAUGAACAAUAUGCAAUUCUGGCAACAGCAGUUGAUGUGCAAGCAGCUUCAAGAGCCUCAGAGACAGCAGCAACUUCAGCAGCUGGAUGAGGGAGCAAGGCAUCCGAGUCCACAUAACCAGUUAUCUGCUGUAGCAAAACCUGCAACAGGAAAUCAGCCGCCUGCAACUUUAAAUGAAAUGGCAGUCAAUGAUGCAUAUAACUACGUGUGGCCAAAUGAUUUUGUUGGAGGCAUGCACAACCUACCAAAUAAUUCUCUGAUAUUUACUGCUGGCAACACUAACUGGGUGCAGUCCAAUAUCUCUCCUGCCAUGCACAAUCUAGUAAAUGGGGUUGUUUUAUCAGAUUGUCAAAGUGACACAAUGCGAUCUGUGGGUUUUAUGUCACACCAGAUUGAUCAAACUUAUCAUGGCAUUCCUGUUUCAGGCACCAGCACUGUAAAUCAGUAUUCUCACCUGGGAAUAUCCAAUAAUUGCCAUGAUCUAGUGACUGAGGCAGAUGCAACACAUGCAAAGGCAUCAUAUACAUCUAGAACUUUUCAAACUGAUCAGCGAUCGGCUGCACAGGUUUGCUUACAGGAUAAGACUUUGGCUACUACACACAAUUUCAAGGGGAAACACUUCUUUGGGAAUUCACCAGUACAAGAUUUGGGUAAUGAUGUCACAUCAGGAAGCUUUCAAUCAACAAACAAUCUGCAGCACAGUGUUCAUUUUCAGGAAUUUCAUGGUAGGCAAGAACAAGAUUCAUCUGUUAAUUUGCAGGGAAAGCCAAUAUCACAGGUAGGAACUUCUAGUGGUGUUGCUAGUCUAGACCCUAUAGAACAGAAGCUUUUGUUUGGAACUGAUGAUGAUAACUGUGGAUUUUCAUUUGGUGGGAGUCUAAUAUCUAGCAUGGGUGUAGAUAUGCAUGGCCACUCUUCGGAGAAUGAUCAUGUUGUUACAUUCCCUUCUAUCCAAAGUGGGAGCUGGAGUGCUCUUAUGCAAGAUGCUGUACAAGCUUCUAGUAGUAACAACAGGCUCCAGGAAGGGUGGACUGGCUUGAAUUCUCAAAAAUCGGAGCAACUGAUGGUCAAGCCUCCUAUUAUGACUAAUGACAAUGGGAAGCGGCCAUCUGCUUGGGAUGAUAGAAACCUUCAGAGUGCAUCAUCUUUAACUUCAACUACUGUUCCUUUGUUUAAUGAUGCUGAUUCAAUCCUAGGCUCAUCCACUUCCCCUAGCGAUCAGCAUUGUUUUAAGUCUGCUCAUGAAGAAAACAAUGGGGUUUUGACUGAGGCACCCCAUGCGUCAUUCUUGUCGACCGCCCAAGGUGCACAUAACUCUGAGUUCUAUCACAGUUGUGACCAAUCCCAGCUAUCAGAAGGUGGUCUUCAUGCUGAAAGGCCUUCAACUAGUGGAGUAUGGUCUGGGCAGAGCAUUAAACAUCAUGACAAGAACCCUGGGGACAUUCAGUUUAAGUCACAGAACAUAGGGUCUGGUUGGGGUGACCAACAAAACUUGACCAUGUCCAAUGCCUCUCUUCAGUCUGUUACUAGGUUAAAUGGUUGGAAAACAAGUCAUCCAAUGGCGUGUAGGGGCGGUAACACUUCAAAUUAUCAUGAAAAUGAUGAAAAUUUGUGGAAUACCAGUGAGAAUCAUGUUAAUCUGAAUUCUGGAUUGCAACCACUCAAAUCCUAUAUUGGCAGUCCCAAGGUUCAAGCAGAAGAUUCCUUAGUAGGUAAUUUAAACUCGAACAACUUAAUACUCAACCAGGAUAUGCGUCAGCAGGCAAGUAAUGCUCAGCAAAGUGUUUUAGGGAGACACUUUGCCCUCAACACGUGUGUGAAUUCUGAAAUUGACCAAGAUGUUGAAAAGAAACAGAAUCAGCCAAGCAAGAGACAAAAAAUUUGGGAAUCAUCUGCAAGUACUACUGUGGAAAGAUUGGGCGAGAACCAUGAGAAUGAAAGGGAUCAUGGAACAGUGAACUUAGGUGAUGGUUAUGUUGGAAAUAUGACAACAGAGAAGUCCCUGUUGACUGGCAAGGACCAAUAUCCUCUUGUGAGUGGAAGCCAAAGUUUCUCAAUUCAGUCUUGUCAACAUACUGUGGAUUCUAAAAUGUUGCAGAAUUCACUGGGAAGUUUGAGAACUAUGGGGCCUUCUUUCCCACCCAAUCAUAAGUUUGUUGGGAAGACAGAGUUUGCUGGUCAUAAAGCUUCCAGUGAUCCUGCAAUUGUGUCCAAGAUGAUUGCAGUGGGAACCAAGGAACUGCAGUCUAGAAAUACUAUGCCUGUCUGUGCCUCUAACAGUUCUUUUGAUGGUUCAACUGCUCAGUAUUCACAGAAUGAAACUAUUUCUCAAACAAGCAAUAAUAUGCUUGAGCUUCUUCACAAGGUUGACUGGUCAAGGAAUGACCAUUCUGUGAAUGCAUCUGAUCUACCUGCACAAGCUGCUGCUGAAACUUCUGUUACUCAUCCUCACUUUGAUUGGUCUUCUAACUUGCGAGGUUUUGGGUUACGAUUGGCUCCACCAUCACAAAGGCAACCACCAUUAAAAUAUGCGUCACUUUCUCAAAAGUCCAUAGAUGAUGCUAACAAUUGGCAAUUAGACAAAGAGGCAGGAUGUCAAAAUCAGCCACUGUCCAAUUCUACAUCUUCAGUUCGACCUGUUCCUUCCCUUGAUGAAGCAUGGAAAAGAAAAAAUUGUGAUAAAACGUCCAGCCUAUAUGUACAGAAACACGAGGAACUCCCAGAAGCAAAUGAACAUUUUAUCUUCUCGUCAGCUGUGGCUUCUAAUAUUCCUUUAGCAGGAAAUCAACUGCAGGAACAGCAGCAGCAGCUUCAACAGCAACACAUUUCUAGCACUCAAGAUCACCUGGUGCAGCAGCAGCAGCAACAACACAUUUCCCUCAAAACUAUUCAUGAUGUACAGGAUCAGUCUGUCAAAUUUUCCUUCAGUAACCAAGCUAACGCAAGUCAACGAGUUCAAAAUUCUUCACUUGUGAGGCAGCCAUGUGACUCUCACAUUAUGGCUGUACCUGGCCAAUCUGUUCAGACAUCAUUGCCUGCACCGGCUGGUAGAUUUUCAACUCCAGGUGAUGCUUCGUUUGCUGAAACUCCUGUACCUGUUGGUUCACAAUUUUCUUCUGGAGGAACAAAUUACACAAAUUCAACAUUUGCAAGCUUGUCUCAGACUACAAGCUCUGGCCAACAAGUACCUGUUGUAGGAACAAAGUCAUUUUCACAAUCUUCCAUAUCAAGCAUGUCUCAGCAAGUUGCCUUCCCGAAGAUGUUGCACAAUAUGUGGAGAAAUAUAUCACCUCAACAACAACAAGCUGGUAUCAAUCGUCAAAUACUUGCUGCAAACAUACUUCAGUCCAUAGUGAAUAAUGAUAGCAUUACAAGUUUGUGGGGCAUGCCAAAGGAAGGUGAUCAAGUAAACAAGGAAGGAAGUGCUACUCCUGAAGUUGGUACAAGUUCUGCUAAUUCACAAAAAGAAGAGAAUCCACUUUGGGGCAAAUCUUUGAAUCUUAUGCACACUGAGAAGGUGGAUGAUGUUUGUAAGUCAAUUAGUGCAUCCCAGGGAGAAGAAGCAGCAGUCACAAAACCACCUUUGGAUGGAGGUUCUAAUGUCCAAAUAUCAACUUUGGUUGAUAAUCAUCAGCAUGAUACUCCUUGCUCUCCAGUAUUACGUUCUCCUUUAACAAGUAUUGCUUCUUAUAGCAGUGAUAUUGGCAUCUCUGGAUGCAUGUCAAAACCUUCGGAUGUUCAACAACAAAACCAUUCACUACUUCAUCAAUUACAAUCCACGAAAGCUUCUGAUUCUGAUGUAAACAACUUGACAGGAAAAGGACCAAAAGGUGUUGGUUUUAAUGCUUCACGGAUGAACUUUAAUAUAGAUCAGAGAUUUGAUCUCAGGCAGAAUAAAAUCUUUAGAAUUCCUGCAGAUGGUAAAGUUGGUCCAGCUUCUCAUAUUUCGUUCCCUCCAGAUUCCAAACCGCCAAGCUUUGCUUCAAAUGACAGUGAUGAAAGCAAUCCAAGCACAUCAACAGCUGGACAGCAUGAUCUCCAAGCUCACAUGCAUCCCACUAGUACAACUUCCACAGCAAAUAUAAUGGGAGGUAGUGACUGCACCAACAUUGGUCCUCAGAUGGUUCCUUCCUGGUUAGAAUGUUAUGGGACCUACCAAAAUGGCAGAUCUGUUGCUGUUUGUGAUGCCCAGAGAAGUCAAAUAGCUGCCAUUCAACAAUACUUUCUCCAGAAAGCUCCUGCAACAAGGGAUGAUAAUUAUUUGGAACAAAGACUUGACAGCAGCCACAUUGGUAGUUAUAGGCAAGGUACACUAGCCACCAAGAGUACUCCUGGUGAGGCAUCUCCCUCUUUGCUGCCUCCUGACAUUAUGGACCAUGAUAUAAUUGUAAGAUCAAAGAAACGUAAAAUCACUACAGAUGUACCGUGGAAUAAGAUGGUCACAGAACCACAAAGGUUGCCAAGCUUCAGUAUGGCAGAGUUAGAUUGGGCCCAGGCUGCAAACAGAUUUAUUGGAAAGGUGGAUGAUGAAGCUGAAACUAUGGAGGAUGAGCAAUUUGUGCCUCAGUCACGUAGAAGGCUAAUCCUUACUGCUCAGCUCAUGCAUCAACUUAUUCCAGCAGUACCAGCUGUGACGUUGAAAGAAGAGGCAGCGGCUUCUUAUAGAAGCGUGACAUUCACUGUUGCCAAAUCGGCACUUGCUGAUGCGUGCAGCCUGGUCACUUCCUCAGAAAGUGAUUCCCAUGUGCUGUUGGGAAAUAAAAACAUGGCUUUGGGAGAGCUUAAGACUUCCACGAAGGUGGCGAAUGACAUUUUCUCAAAGCUCAUGGAAGAUUUCAUUGGUAGAUCCAAGAAAGUUGGAACUGAUUUCUCAAGGUUGGACGGAAAGACUUCAUUGUUAGAUGUUCGUUUGGAGUGCCAGGAAUUGGAGAGGUUCUCCAUCAUGAACCGUUUAGUCAAGUUUCAUGGUCGGACUCAUGCAGAUGCAGUCGGCGUCUCCUCCAUUUCUGGAGCUUACCGUCGCAAUAUCUUUCUGCAGAGAUACAUCACUGCACUUCCGGUGUCGGGAAAUCUUCCCGAGGGGGUUCUCUGUCUCUCGCUCUAGAUCAUUGAUUGAUUGAUUGAUUGAUUUUUUUUCACUAUCAAUCUUUCUUGAUUUGUUUUCAACACCCCCAAAACAAAAACAAAAAACAAAAAUACAUCAUCAUGAACAUAAGCAUUAUUAAGGCAAAUCAACCUCCUCAUAGGUGUUGUCCAUUUAAAUCGUCAGCAUCCACAUGGUGGUGGUUGUUAAUCCUUGUAUCUGAAAUAUAGGUUUAUGUACAUCAAUGAAGAUAAAUAAGCUUAGGGUAUUGCAUUAUUUUGAUUUACAACAUAGAGGAGUAUUAGCAUGUAAACUUUGACGUCAGUAAUACUGGUUUUUGGUAGGUAAAGCCUCAGUAGUAAAGUAGAUCAUGUGUUUGUGUCA